CACCGGCAUCAAGCCUUACCUGGACAAGCUCACCUUGGGCGUCACAAGGAUAUUGGAGACUUCCCCAGGAGUCGCUGAAGUGACUUUUGUGGAAAAGGAGCCAGCUGAACGCCACACAAUCGUCUCUUGGGAACAAGUGCUGCUUCUCCUCUAAACUAAAAUGGAUUUAUUUCACAACUGAGCUAUUCUUGUAAAGCCAAACAAAUGCUGUAGCCAAAGCACUUCAUUCAAGAGAAGACAAAACAAAUUUCAGUUCCCACCCUCCCCCCCUAUCCAGCAGUGGACUAAGCCAAUUGUGGAUGUAAAUGUUGAAAAUUAAAUGAGUACAGUUGUGUUAGACUUCUAAUAGUGAAGGAUUUGGCUGUUUCUUUGGUUUUGGUUCCCUUGCAUUGACAAAUUAAAGCUGCCUUCUCAAAUUAAAAGGUAAGUGGAUUUUUUUCCUUUUUUUUUUUUUUCCCUUGAGCUAUGGAGAUGAAGUGUAAAUUUAACGCAGUCUACACAGUUGCAGAACAAAACAUCCUGCUGUGAUGAUUAAGUGCAAUGCACUCAACAAUUCACAAAACCGUUCCAGGAUGAACUUGUACCUCAUUUUUCCUGAAACUUAUCUUUCUUGAAUUUGAAUACGUUUGUAUAUAUAGCCACUAGGUGGCAAUACUUAUACACAUAAUCAUUUCUCCAUGGCUGAGAUUUUUAAAACAAUUUCGUCAGAGUAUAUUUUUAACUUCCCUCUACAUCUUUCGUUAUGAAACUAUUUGCAAACUAUUUGAAACUAUUUUUCUGUGAUGCAGGAAAAACUGGUGAAACUGUUCCCAAAACUACAUUAUUUUUCCCCCAACAACUUCUCUCUCUGUUAAGGCUCAUGUUGCGGGACAUUCCACAGACUCACCAAAUAAAAGCUUUAUUCUUUAGAUUAUUGUUUAGUGGAAUACAUUUUUCCAGUCUUAUUUCAGUUUUGCAAGGAAAGAUUGUUUUACUGAGAAAAAAAUCCAGGCGUUUAGAAGUUCUUAAAAGAAAAUCAACCUUUAAAAAUUAUUAAUUAACAUAUUAUUUUAUUCAUGCUGGGUAUAUGCAUUUUUUGUUUCCAUCAGCCAUGUUUUCUAAAUUGUACUGUGCCAUGUUUGUGCUACUACAUAAUACCUUGCUGAGAUUAAAAUAAUCUUUAAAAUCUUAAGCCUGUUGAAUGUCCCAUAGCUGCCAUGAAGCUUUGCAGGGGAAGCUGAGCUUCAUGACAGGAGUUAGUGCAGUAAGGCUGUAGGAGAGAAGAAGAAAUUUUUCCCAAAGCAGAAAGAGCUGCUAAGUGUUACAUGUCAGGAAAUCAAGCUGGAAAUCACUCCUGAAGAAUUUAUUGGAAAUCAGCACACACACAAAAAUGUUUAAGGUGUAUGAUUGCCAAGUGUAUUUACAUGGGUGAAGCAUCACUUCCCCAUAAAUUGUAAGCAGUUCAUUAUAUUUUAAUAAAACCAGAUUUUUCAAUAUUUCUUCAUAUUUAAACCUAUUAAGCUGUUACCUUGUCCCCAAGAAAGAGAGACAAAAAGUACAAGAGGGAGUAGAGACGGAGUUACCUGGUAACCAGAAAACCAGUGCUAAUAACUAUAUCAUCCUAAGAAACCUUUCUCACUUCUAAAAUUAGGCUGGCAGUGUCCCUGCUCCCUUCCACAUGCAAUUUUUAGAAAUAGAUGUUACACUAAAAUACUGCUAGGAGGCACUCUGAUGCAGUGUCUGAAUCACAUUUUCUUUCUUGUGUCAGCUAGAAGAAAAAUUAGUCACUCACAUCCUUGUUUCGGUUUUCAAAAUAUAGAAAAUUGCAUUUCUGUUAGAGGGACACAGAGGUACCUGAGACCAUUUUCUCUUGUUCUUCUCACUUGUUACUUGGGAGAAAAACCUGAUCCACACCUGGCUUUCAGAGACUUCCAGUACCUUUCAGGUGUUAGAAAGUGACAAAGUCUCCCUCAACCUCCUCUUUCCCUGUCUGAACACCCCCAGCUGCCUCAGCCACUCCUCUCAGGCCUGUGCUCCAGACCCCUCCCCAGCUCUGUUUCCUUCUCUGGACACACUCUGGCUCCCUCAGUCUCCUCCUUGCUGUGAGCAAACAAAGCCAAACAAAAGGUUCCAGGUGUGGCCUGACCCGUGCCCCAGCACAGGGGGAUGGCACUGCCCUGCUCCUGCUGGCCCCUCCAUUGCUGGCACAAGCCCGGUGCCAUUGGCCUUCUUGGCCACCUGGGCACAUCCAGCUCGUGUCCAGCCACUGCUGACCAGCACCCCCAGGCCCUUUCCCACUCAGCAGCUUUCCAGCCACGCUGUCCCAGCCUGGAGCUGCAGGGGGUUGUUGUGACCCAGGGACAGGAGCCAGCACUUGGCCUGGUUGCACCUCACACAGUUGGCCCUGGCCCAUGGAUCCAGCCUGUGCAGAUCCCUCUGCAGAGCCCCUCUGCCCUCCAGCAGCUCAGCACUCACACCCAGCUUGGCCUUGUCCUCAAACUGACUAAAGGAGCUCUUGAUUGCCUCACUCAGAUCACCAAUAAAGAUACAAAACAGUACAGUCCAGAGCUCUGGGGGACACCACUAGUGACCAGCUGCCUGCUGCAAGUAAUUCCAUUCACCAGCACUCUCUGGGCCAGGCCAGCAGCCAGUUUUUAACUCAAAGAACAGAGCAUCUAAGCCACAAGCAGCUGGUGUCUCCAGGAAAAAAUCUAUGGGAUACAGUGUCAAAGACUUCUAAAGUCCAGGAAGUCAACAUGCCCAGACUUUCCCUCAUCCACCAAGAGGUCACUGUGUUAUAGAAGAAGAUUGGGUCGGGCAGUAAUGCCUUUCACAAACCCAUGAGCCUGAUCCCCUGGACCUCCUUUAGGUGCCAUGUGAUGGGCACUCAAGAUCUCCAUGAGCUUCCCCAGCACUGAGGUCAGGCUGACAGACCUGUAGUUUCCUGGCUUCUCAUACUAACCCUUACACACAAUCCAGGAACCUCCUGAGUUGCUCCCUCUCUUUUGCAUAGCGUUUCCAGCACACGUCUGGAAUGUCAUCCUCCUUGCUUCUACAGCAUCUCUUUUUGAGUCCAAAUAUGCAUUCAGGGUGCGCACCUUCAACAGUCCUUCUUGGCAUCCUUCUUGGCAUCCUUCUUGUCCUGCCUUAACAUUAGCCAGGCCUCCAGUCCCUGAUCCCCAUGAGGACAGGAUCUACCCACAAUGAGCUUGCCUUGUGACUGUGACUGUGGGAGAGAUGGGAAGUGGAUCCAGCAGGGCCAGUGCAUGAGGAAAACUGUUUCUUCAAGCCGUGCAUGUUUCUUCAAGCUGCAUGAUGGGGAAGAGGCUGGAGGACUUUUGGGAGAAAAACUCCUGUGUAUUACCUGAGGAUUUAAAGAACUUCUAUCUGAUGACCGAUGGCUUCCAGAUGACCUGGAGUGUGAAGACUGAUGAUACCCCGAUGCCCCUGGGCUCCAUGGUGAUUAACAGCAUCUCGAAGCUGUGUCGGCUUGGGGGUUCCUCUAUGUACACUCUGCCUAGUGCUCCAACUCUUGCUGACCUGGAAGAUGACACAGAUGAGGAAGGUAAUGGAGAUAAACCGGAGAAGCCACACUUUGAUUCUCGUAGUCUUAUCUUUGAAUUAGACCCAUGCAAUGGGAAUGGGAAAGUCUGUCUUGUUUAUAAGCAUGCCGAACCAGUGCUCUUCAGUGCCUUCAUGAACAGCUUGGACACGGGACUGGAAGGAGUGCUAAGUUUGUCCAUUAUACUAAAUUGGGAAGAGUUGAUGUCUCCCUCGAAGGGCCUGCAAAGUUACCUCAGCAAAUUAGAGAGAUGUGCAACCACCAACCAUCUGAAGUUUAAAAAGACAAGUUCUGGAUUCUGCACCUGGGCUGGAACAAGCCUGGAGUGGUCUCCCCAGACACAGAGAUCUGGUUCCUGGACAGAGCUCUGUAUUGGCAUUUCCUCACCAAAACCUUCACAGCCUACUACCGCCUGCUCAUCACCCACCUGGGCCUCCCACAGUGGCAGUAUGCCUUCACCAGCUAUGGGGUCAGCCCCCAGGCCAAGCAAUGGUUUAACAUGUAUAAACCCAUAACCAUCAACACAGCACUCCUGUCUGAAGAAGCUGAUUCCUUUGUGAACAAGCUGGACCCCAAUAAGGUAUUUAAAAGCAAGAACAAAACUCCAGUGCUCAAGAAAAAACAA